AUGGGCCUUGCAAGCAUUCUAAGCGUGCUCACGCUGGCUCUAGCACAGCCGACUAUUUCUGAACCAGAAAGAAGCUCGCCAUACGAGCCCAGUGGACCUAAAAUAACUGGCGUUAGGGAUGUUAAGACAUCUUCAAUUGAUCUUGAUGCUGUUCGUCGACAAGAAGCUGCUGAUCUGGCGGCGGAGUCAGCUCAAAUUGAGCGCACAACUCGAAGCUGUCCGGAGUCUUGCCGUUGUUAUAGUUCGGAUGAGGAAGACGACAUGCAAGACGUUUUCUGCGACAAGCGCGGAAGCUUGAUUACUUCUAUUCCCCGAGAGAUUCCCUCAAAUGCUUAUCUCGUUCAACUCGCCGAGAACAAAAUUGUAAACAUUGACCAAAUCGAACUCUCUGGGCUCGGUGAUGUUCGCGUUUUCAACAUCUCUCGUAACGGCUUGGCAAAAGUCGAAGAACGCGCAUUUGCCUCACUUCACGGAACAGAAACUCUGGACCUUUCCUUCAACAAACUGUUCGAACUGGACAUUCGUGCGAUGAGAAGCCUUUCUGAGAUAGAUCUUUCAUUCAACAAGUUUACCACUGUUCCCAGCUUCAAGGACGAAUCAGGAUACUUUUUGACGUUGGAAAAAAUCUCGCUCACAAGAAAUCCAAUAGAAGAUCUGGAUUUGAGCGGAAAUGCAAUCAAAUCUAUUCCGGAAAAGCUCCCUGUAUCUCUCAAUCAGCUCAUCCUGCACAAUAAUCAUUUGACGAACCUACAAGAGAUCUGCCGGCCACCAGAUUCACUUUACUCCGUUCCGGAACCGGGAAAAGCUGCAUUGGAAGGUUCCAAGCUAAAGAAUCUCCACAAUUUGCGUGGCAUUGACUUUUCGAUGAACCAGUUCACGCAUUUUUGCAUCGACGACUUCGUCAACCUAGAAGACUUGGAGUUCUUCAAUGCUUCGUCGAAUCAGAUCACAGAGAUUCCAGGAAAUACUUUCAGCUUCGCGCGAGAAUUAAAGGUUCUGGAUCUCCACAAGAACUCGAUUCAAGAGUUGAAUUUCGCCAAUUUGCCUAAUUUGAGAAUGCUCGAUGUUUCUGAAAACCAAAUAAGAACAUCCGUUGAUCCGUAUCUCUAUGGAGCCCUAGAACAGUUUGACGCAAGAUUCAAUCCAUUCCAGUGCGACUGUCAACUGAAAAAAUUCGUCCAAUUUGUUCAAGAGCCCGGUCGAGUGAAAAUAGUUGGAAUUCGUCAGGCGCAAAACACCUACAAAUGUCAAAUUCCGCGCCUUCUUGGCAACCUUAAUCUGCUGCGGUUAACACAGGACAAGCUUGUUUGCGAAAAUGAAAAGGACGAAAACGAAUUCCGCUAUUUGUCAAUCCUCGCGCCUAUUUCCAUCGUUGUCAUUCUAGGCAUCGUCGUAACAGUAGUUUUCUGUGCUUCGAAGAACCGUCGUCAUCGAAUGAAGAUGAAAGACCUGAGUGGGCGCAAUCGAAUUGGCGUUGGCGACAAAGUAGUCACUUCUGGUGGCGUCGCGGCAAAGAAUCUCAAGAUUGUCAAGAACGACGCAGCUAUUCUCUGCCACAUCAAUUCACAGAAGUGGGUAACUGAUAUAAUGCUGCCGACAUUAAAGCAGAAACCUCAAGAGAGCCAACUGCGAUGCGAGAAGCUUUACAUCGACGUCUUCACCAUCAAGUCGCAAGUGAAAAACGAAAAGCUUAGAAGAUGCGUUGAACAGAACAAACGCGUUAUCAUCAUCAUUACGACUGAGUUUGCUUCUUCUGACGCUUGUCUGUUUUGCUUGCAAGCUAUUUACGACUUAACUAGAAGAAAUAGAAAGGAUGGGAUAGUCCUUGUUGUCCUCGAACCAAUCCCGUGGAAUUCUAUGCCUCAUGCGUUGAAGAUUCUUAUGGCUGAGAAGACUUUUAUCCAAUAUCCAGUUGAAGAUGUCGGUCGCCAAACUUUUUACUUCUGGGAUGCUCUCCGCGCGAGCAUUUAUGCUGAUCAACUUGAGCAAGUCACAAAAGUGGAAGAAGGAAGAACAACCCGGCUAACAACAGCUGAUGACGGGGAGGAAAACUAUGACGAUGAGAAUGAAGUGGACGACAUUUAUAACGGAAUCGAUCAAAUGAAACAACAGAUCUUGGAAAAGUCUACUAACCAGCAAGAACCGGUCACGAAUCUGAUAAAACUAGAAAGUGCUGACCCCAGCGAGCUAAAGAGAAUCGGAGACUCCACAGCGAAGUUACCAGUAGAGAUCGAAAUCGAGAACCCGUAUCGUGACGCGCAGAUUCUCCAUGAAAUGGCAACAGCGACGAGUAAGAAUGAAGUGCUUGAAAUUCACGAAGAUCUGGAAGAUCUCUACCAGAAACGACACUCUUGGCAACGUCCUCGCGUCGUUGUCGAUAACUCCAACGUCUGGACUGGUCAGAAAUUUUCACUGCCACAGGGAGACGACGCUGAAAGCAUGUAUUCUAGAGACAAUAAUGGCAUUCCAAAACUUCCGGCUCAAGGUGCCCACAUCGGUUCCAUUCCCAAUCAGAGUUUUAGCCAGCCAAACGCAGGCGGAGGCUUCGAUCUCGCUACAGGGAGUCGCAACAAUGGCCUGACAGUGAUCCCUCGCGAUGGAGAGCCAGAACGAAUCUACUCAGAAGUCGAGUUCAAAGCCAAUAAUUAA